CAUUUAUCUCUUUCCCCAGCUGUCUUCGCCGGUUAUUUUUAGGUUAAAUACUAAAAUAAAUUCAAGUAAGGAACACCGAUACUUUGUUAUGUAGGUUAUUUUAAUAUUUCAACGUGCGCCAAUAUUAAUGUAUAUAUGGUUAUGAAACAAUAAAUGAUAUCUCCUGCCGCUUCUUGAGCGCCAGAUUUUAGAAUCAUGUCAGGAGAUGUACAGCCACGAAAGCGAAAAGACAAGAAGAAAAAGAAAGAUGAUUUUGGUGUUGAAGAACCAAGAGGAACAGCAGCAACAUUGGGUGAAGGCGAUGUUUUUAUGCAUUCAUACCAUGAACAUGGCACUGGAGGUCAUUGGUGCGCGAAAAUCAUAUUUUUCGCGUUAUUAGCCGUGCUAGUUACUCUUAUUGGGUUAAUUAUUUUGGAAAAUAGAGGUCUUACUGAAUUGGAGGCUAAUUCUGUUGAAACUCGGUAUUCUGGUGUACUAGAAGGUUGGAUUGAAGAUGCAGUUGAUGACCACCAUGAUGAACAUACUCUGGAAUUAAAACAUCAUGAUGAUGAAGAUCACAUUGACGAUGAAAUAGAUGAAAACGAAGAAGAAGAAGAGUCUCUUGAACAAGAGAUAGAACACGAUGACGAUGAUAGCAAUGAGGAAGAUGAAGAACAAGAGCAUGAUGAAAUGUAUGACGAGGAAGAUGAGGAACACGAAGAGAGAGAAACGUUAGAUGAUGAUGAUGAUACUCAAGGUGAUGAUGAUGAUGAUGUAAAUGAUAACGAUGACGAAGAAGACGACGAUGAAGACAAUGAUGAGGGGCAUGAAAACAUAGAAGACCAUUUAAAAUACGCCGGUGACGAGGAUGACGAAGAAACUUACGAGCGUUAUAGUAAAGAGGAGAUUGAUAUGAUGAAUUUUGAUGAAGUUGAUGAUGAUGAUGAACAUAAUAAUGAUGAUGAACAUAAUAAUGAUGAUGACGCUUAUGGUGAUGAUGAUGAUCUUGAAGAACAAAAUCAUGACUACCUUAGCAAAGAAACGACAUCUCAUUAUAAUAAGGUCGAUGACGAUGCGAACGAUGAAAGCCAAGAAGAAAAUAAAUACGAUGAUGAAAAAAUUGAUAGCAAUGAAGUUAACGAUGAGGAUGGUGAAAAAGAAGACGAAGCAGAUGAUGAUGAUGAUGAUGAAGAAAUAGAGAAGAUAGAAAAAGAAGUCAUCGAUGAUUCAGUGGAAAUCAAAGAUACCGAAGCAAGUAAUGAACAUGCUGAGAGCAAAGAUGUCGAUGAAGAUGAUUCAGAUGAAGAUGAACCACCGAUAGAACAUAUCUCAAAACCAGCAACGGGAAAACCCUUUGUUGAGAUCGAAGAGGAAACUGUAGUGAAGCCUGUCGACACAUUAGCUGAAGAAGACGCAUAUGAAAGACAGCAAGAAGAACUCCGAAGACAAGAAGAACAAUCAUCACACAGCGUGUGGCUGAAGCUGUGUGUGGGCGGGGCACUACUGGCAGCAACACACGCGGUCUUGCGUCGAACCACCGUACGACACGCAGAUCUAUCUGACGCGGAUGAAACUAUGAGUGAGGAAGCGCCAACCGUUAUUGAUCGACGGAUGACUAUUAUAGAAGAACCGGUAGAAGUUAUACAAAGACCUGCAUCGAGUCAAACGCUACGUCACAUUACUGACGAGGAGAUAUUCAAAAAGCCGGCUCCAGUAGUACAAAGUCCGAUUGCGAAGCCAAGGAUCGAGGAAGAAAUUGUCAAACAAGUGGUGGAAAAAGUACGAGAGGCUCCAAAAAGCGAUGAAAAGACCGAAGAGGAAAAGGAGCUAUACAGUGAAGAAGAAGAGGAUGACGCCGAAGACAAUGAAGAUUUAGAAGAAGAUAUUGAGACCUCUGAAAAGGAAGCAGUGGAUAAAGAAGUAGCUGAUGAAUCAGAACCAGAACCGGAACCGGAAGAGGUUUCAGACGUUGAAAUUAUAUAUGAUGAAACAAUAGAAGAGGAAGAAGAAGUCGAGGAAGAAGAGAUAUCAGACGUCGAUGAUACGGAACUCUUGAACCGUUUAGAGGCCAAAUACGGACGGCUACCAGAACCCGAAAGACCUGGACAGAAUAAGGGUGGCGCUAAGAGUGUGUCCUCUGAAUGGCCGGGAGAACCGAGCGAUUUGUACUGGAGGUCUCAGCUAGACACCGCGGAGGAAGAACUCCGACAGGGCGCUUGGAGUGCGUGCGUGUCCCGAGUGUCUGUCGUCUCACUGGAGGGCAGCGGGAGGGCGAGGUGGUUGAAGGCGCGGGCUCUGGACAGCUCAGCAGAAGCUGCCCGCGAUAACAGAAUGCUGUCUAAAGCCAUCACAGCCUAUCUGGACCUCCUCAAAAUGAACGAGAGACUCUCAGAUGAGAAGCUUCUAGAAGUUGCUCGUCGGACCAUCGAUAGAAUAAACUUCAGAGGAGUAUAUCUAAACGCUGAACCGGUGUACAGGCUAUUAAUAAGAAGAUUCCCCGAUGAUGUUCAUUAUAGAAACAAUCUGACCGUGUCAUUUUUGAUGGCUAACAGAGCCGAUUUGGCGGACGAAGUGCUGCGAGAAACGCUGCGACUUUGGCCGAAUGACCGUGUCGCGUUGGCUCACCACGGCUUCGUUCUGAAAAAUCACUACAAUAAGCUAGAGGAAGCGGUCCAAGCACUCAAGAAAGCUCUAGAAGGUGACGCCGGACAAGCCAACGAACCAAGGUUUUAUUAUCACCUUGGCGAUGCGCUUCUGUUACUGGGAAGAUUCGACGAAGCCGAAGAAAUACACAAACGUGGCGCGGAAUUAGGACAUUUCUUGUCACCGUCACAACGCUCCUUGUACAACGUGCCGAGACUACGGAGUAAGCCUUGGUGGCGAGUUGAAGACACGCCAUAUGAAAAACUUGCUAAAGCAUUGGAAGCAUCAUGGCGCGAGAUCUUAAAGGAAGGAGAAGCUGCUAAAACGUUGUACGAAAAAGAGAAAGAGGGUUUGAAGGAGCGAGGGGAGUGGUCGCAGAUGGAUAUCAUGGUGAGGGGUCGGGAGAUCCCGGGCCGGUGCGCUAGGGCUCCGGUAACAUGUUCAGUAGUGAAGACCGAAGCGGCAGCGUCAAGCUGUAAGAGAGGUCAGGUCAAGUUCAGUAUGAUGGCGGCUGGAACACAUGUGCGACCACACGUCGGACCAACAAACUGCAGGCUUAGGAUGCACUUGGGACUCAGCAACACCAAAAACACUUACAUACGGGUCGAUAAAGAAAUCAGGCAAUGGCAGUUAGGUAAGACGCUGUUAUUCGACGAUAGUUUCGAGCACGAAGUUUGGCACAACGGCACCGGCACUCGCCUGGUGCUGAUCGUGGACGUCUGGCAUCCUGACCUCACUCCCGCUGAGAAAAGACAACUACCCCCCAUAUAAUCACCUACACAUUCUGCUAUACAUAAUUAACUCUUAAUAGAAAUGCAUUAAAUUAUAUAAUAUCCGUCGAUUCGAUCACUUCUUUUAUAUACAUAUCGCUGUGUAAAUCAAUUGUAUGAAUGUAUUAUUUGAGUAUGUGUUUUAGUCAUUAAAUAUAAGUACAACGUUCGAAAA